GAAUUUCCUCGAGGGUCAAGAUAUAGACGGUCCAGUAGAUGUCAUGAGCAAAGACCUCGAGCAUCUGGACAUGUACAAUCCUCAACCAUUCAGGCCUUGUCAGCUUGAAUUCAAGAAAUGCCAUUGAACACGUCUAUAUGUGUAUCCUCAUGCAGAUCCAGUGGUGGGUCAAUGGCGGGAAAUGUGGUAUAUGUGGAGAUAGGUAUGAUACUUCUAUACGCGACAACGAACCACCGUAUGGCCGAUUUGCGAACGGCGUUAUUACUGGGCAUUACCAAAGAGGUGGUGCCAUCAGUAUCAAUGUAGAACUCACGGCAAGUCAUAAAGGUUACUUCGAGUUCCGACUGUGUCCCAACAACAACGUGAAGAGAGCAGCCACUCAAGCCUGUUUAGAUCGCUAUCUUCUAAAGGAAUACUACGGAAACUCCACCCAAGUUUUCGUCGAUGACAAGAGUGCUGGAUUUUACGACAUAAAAAUGCGGCUUCCAUAUGAUGUGGCAUGCUCACAAUGUGUUCUUCAGUGGCGUUACAGAACAGGAAACAGGUGGGGCUGUACCGGUAACGACUUCAAGACAGGACCUUGUGGGUUAGGGUUCGGACCACAAGAAGAAUUCUAUGCAUGCGCGGAUAUUGCAAUUCUUGAAAGUGGCAUAGACGACACAAUUCCAAUUCAAACAACACAAAAUCCGCAUAUCACACCAAAUGUACCAACACCACUGACCACUAAAAUGUCACCCGUGCAAACAACUACAACGACCACCCCAUCCACACAGGCUCCAACUCCACCGCGAGUAACUCGUAUGCCGCCUCCAUCUCUUCGGAUUGUAUGCAAAUCUGCUGGUGCUUGGAAAGGAUUAGUGUCUAUGGACAACUGGUGUGACGUCAAUUGUAAGCGUCGCUACUGUCCUAUGACACACUGCAAAUGUAACCCGGCUGGCCAGUUGGUGGAUGACCAAGAUUACGGACUCUUAGGAACGGGGAAAAAUUGUUACUCUGUCGCCGGUAAUCCAGGUCUUGACCUCUGGUGCCAGCAUAACUGUCCCCAGGGACUUUGCGACCAGAACAUGUGCUAUUGUGCAAAGAACGGCUCGGGAUAG